UGAUAAUAAUCAUCAUCAUCAGGCAGAUUGAAACGCCACCACUUUAAUGCUAUUGUACUACUGUUGUUGUUGUUGUUGGUAGUCGCUUUUUUUUGAACCCGAAUGAAAUUGCAUCCUCUAUCCACCGCCACCACCACUCACUUACUCACUCGCCCAAUAGUGAAAAGCUCCAAUUUUUUUUAUCUCUGUGCAUGGUUUCAAUUUGGUUUUUUUUUGGUGACUAUAUAUUACUCUCUACUACGUACAUUUUAUAUUUCUAUAGUCUUAUCUCCAAUAUAGAAGCAUUUUGGCUCCUCAAAAAAAACAAAAUCCUCAUCAUUUUUAUGGUAAUAGUCAUAUAUUAUUAUUAAUCGAAGGAUUCAUCAUUGCUACGACCGCUAUCGGCUAGAAUUUUUCAACAGUUCAAUUUGACGACUACGACGACAUUUGAUUUUUCAAAAUUCCAUCAUCAUCAUCAUCAUCGAUUCUUCUUAACAUUCGUUUAUAUUCACAAACCAAACCAAACAAAACAAAAAAUAUAAUUAAUAAUGUCUAAUGAAGCUGAAUUAUCACCAGUUUAUGCACCAUUUUUCGGUGUACUCGGUGCCGCAUCGGCUAUCGUAUUUAGUUCGUUUGGUGCUGCAUAUGGUACGGCAAAAUCUGGGACCGGUAUCGCAGCCAUGGCUGUCAUGAGACCUGAACUUAUUAUGAAAUCAAUUAUUCCUGUGGUCAUGGCUGGUAUUAUUGCCAUUUAUGGUUUGGUUGUGGCCGCCAUCCUAGCCAACAAUAUUGGUGAAGGUGGUCUUGAAAGUGGUGGUUAUCAUCUAUACAAAGGUUUCUUGCAUCUUGGUGCUGGUCUUUCCGUAGGCCUUUCCGGCUUGGCAGCUGGUUUUGCCAUUGGUAUUGUUGGUGAUGCUGGUGUUCGUGGUACAGCACAACAGCCACGUCUUUUUGUUGGUAUGAUCCUUAUUCUUAUUUUUGCUGAAGUCUUGGGUCUUUACGGUUUGAUUGUUGCAUUGGUUUUGGCGACCAAAAACUAAAAUUCAAGUAAUAUCUUUCAUUUAUUCACAAUUGAAUCAUCAUCAAAUUUUAAUUUCACGAUCACACCAUCAUUAUCAUCGUUUUUUUUCUUUGCAACUCAUGAUUAUUCACUUAAUCUCUUUAUCACAAUUCCCUGAUUGAUUCUUCAUUAUCUCUCUCCAUACACACACACACACACACACACACAAAUUUAUUCUAUUUGAUCAAAAGGUGAAAAUUCAAUCUCAAAAACAAUGGUUUGCUUAGUUACAUUCAGCUAAAAAUUCCUGCGCAUACAGAAAACAGAAAAAAAAUAACCGAAAACGCCCACUCGCCAAAACUCUAAAAUCAAUCCACGUUUUAAAAUUUGUUUUGAUUGUAAAAACAAAAUUUAAUUUAUCAACGUUUUGAACAUCACCAUAUUCAUCUAAUAAUUAUAACCAAAUGUUUGAAGAACAGAACAUCGUUUUUUUUCACACAACAAUCAUUCCAUCCCAAAAAAAAAAAAUAUUCUUGCAGGUUUUGCCGUUUUUUUCCCUCGAAUCUUUUCUCCAUGUUAUUGAUAUUCAUUUUUUUUCUUUGAUUUUUUUUGUGUAAAAAAAUUUGUUUAUAUUUACGUUUCACAUCACAUACAUAAACACAUAGACAUUGCAUUGUAUUGGUUGUGUUUGUGUGGUAAGCAACAACAACAACAACAACAACAAAAUAAAACGAAAGUCAUAGGUUAA